AUCAUCACAGUAGGCCGACAGUAAUCAAGAGGAGUACUUGGGUUUUUUGCAUUUUUAAUUUUUUACUCAUGUUUAUUCGAUUAAAAAAUAGUGAAAAAUGAGUUUUUAUGUAAUUUCAUAAGUUAAUUUUAUAAUUCUUAACCAAAUAUAAAUCAAGUGUUGGUUAAAUACUUGGAAAAUAGAAUUAUCUGAAAAAUUCCCCGCCAUAUUUGUGUUGAAGACGAAAAAUUAUUUGCUAAUUUUCAUUUGCAAAAAUGACGGAGAGUAAUGGACCAACUAAUUCAAAUGUGAAAAAUGGAAAUUUUAUAUGUGGUGUUGUUGAAGGAUUCUAUGGCCGGCCAUGGACUACUGAGCAACGGAAAGAUUUAUUCCAAAAAAUGAAAAAAUGGGGAAUGGAUUCUUAUCUCUAUGCACCGAAAGAUGAUUAUAAACACCGAGCUUACUGGCGGGACUUAUAUACAGUUGAAGAGGCUGAACAUUUAACUGGUUUAAUAACAGCUGCACGAGAAUCAGGAAUAACCUUUUAUUACGCCUUAUCUCCAGGAUUAGAUAUUACUUACUCUAGUGUGAAAGAAGUAACAGCUCUGAAAAGAAAAUUAGAACAAGUCAGUCAAUUUGGCUGUGUUGCUUUUGCACUCCUUUUCGACGAUAUUGAACCAGAAAUGAGUGAAGCAGACAAGGAAGUAUUUCAAUCAUUUGCUCAUGCACAAGUUUCAGUAACGAAUGACAUUUUUCAACAUUUAGGACAACCAAAAUUUUUAUUAUGUCCAACACAAUAUUGUGCCACAAGAGCAAUGCCCAACGUUGCUACUUCGGAAUAUUUAAACACAUUAGGAAGCAAAUUAGCUCAAGAAAUAGAUAUUAUGUGGACAGGACCUAAAGUAAUAUCGAGACUGUUGACCUUAGAAUCAAUAGAAGAAAUUACAGAAGUUCUCAGAAGGCCGCCAGUAAUUUGGGAUAAUUUGCAUGCUAAUGACUAUGAUCAAAAGAGAGUCUUCUUAGGUCCCUACUCAGGUAGGUCACCGGAUUUAAUCCCUAAAUUACGUGGGGUAUUAACAAAUCCUAACUGUGAGUAUGGUGCCAACUUCAUUGCCAUUCAUACUCUGGCACAGUGGAGUAGAUGCAAUGUUGAUGGAAAAAGAGACUUAAGUCUGAACGAUUCAGUUUCUGCUGAUAUCAAACUUGAAACCGAGACUGAGGAUGGUGUAAGUGGUGAAGGUAUUCCUUCAACCCUUGCACCCAAUACUUAUCAUCCUAGACAUGCUUUAAAAAAUGCUAUAAAUGAUUGGUUACCCGAGUUUAAUAAAAAAAGAGCAGCUUGGGGAGUGAUAGCAAAACCUCAGCCAUGUGUAGCACCAACUGUUCCUAUUCCCAUUAUUCCCUCUGUAAAUACUUGUAUGAGUGUUACUACAACAACAAGCACUGUCUCAGCAGCAACAGCAGCAGCCACUGUACCAACUGUAGCACCAGUGCCUGUUACAUCCAACCAUCUUCAAGCUCUCGCUGAAGUUUGCUCAAAUGUUACGGGAAAUGACAGUUUUGCGCAGCCUUUGCCAGGCCCAAUUAUGAACUCUUUAGUUUCUGAUACGAAAGUUGUUAGUGAACCAAUCAUUCCUGUUAAUGUUGAUGCUCCAGCAACAAAUUCUCCUACAGAACCUAUGGAUUGUAAUACGACACCCAAUAAUUCACCGACUCAUGCUACCAAAAAUACAACUGAUGAUGAUGCAAUGGUUGAAAACACCUCAACCUGCAGUGGAACUUCUGGAAGCAUGCAAAUUGAAGAUGCUACUUCACCUACAAUUAAUGGAAAUCAAAUGAUUGUAGAAAAUGCGAGUGAUAAUCAUGAAAAUGCUGAUAAUUCUGAGACUGAAUCUUCUGGAGUAAAAGAUCAAGACAAACAACUAACCCAUGAAGAUUUAUCAUUACUUUGUGAUCUUUUUUAUUUACCUUUCGAACAUGGAGGCCAAGGAAUUCAAUUACUUCAAGAAUUCAAUUGGUUAAAGAGCAAUGCACAUGUCACAAUAAAAAAAGAUAAGGAUCCAGGAAAUAAAGCUGAUGUUGAAGAAUGGCAUACAAGAGCAGCUAAAUUAAAUGAUAUGUGUAAUGCAGUGAAUAGAUUGUUUCAACGUUUAACGUAUUGUGAAAAUCGUGAAUUGUUGUAUGACCUUUACUCUUAUAUUUGGGAUAUGCGAGGAGUUAUUUCGUUAUUAAAUAGUUAUGUUAAAUGGUUGGCAUUUGGCAAAUUUCCACCGACGAUGACGACUUUUACUCAAGGCAGCUACACAUGGUUUUCCAAUGGAUGGAAAGAAACUUUUAUGAGUGGAGAUCAAGAACCUUGGGUAUUUCGUGGUGGACUAACAGCUGAUUUGCAGCGAUUGAUUCCAGUAGACAGUGGAAAUGAUUUAUUUGUAUACAAAGCGCCUGAAGUUCCUAAUAGUACGAUUUAUACCAUUAGACCUUAUUUAGUAGCAGAUGAGGAUGCUAUUUAUGCGGUUUGUAAUCGAAUACAUGGCGUUACAGGCACCUCAGCAGUAGCAGACAGGCUUGUUGGGGGAUUUUUAACGCUAAGUCCCGAAUUUUGUAUGGUUGUGGAAGAUGAUGAAGGUAUUGUAGGCUAUGCAGUAGUUGCAUUGAAUAUUAAAUCCUUCAAUCAAAAGAUGUCUGUAGCUUGGAUUCCUGAACUUAAGUCCAAGUAUCCAUUAGAAGAUAUUCCCAGUGAUUGUGCUGCUAAUGUUCAGGAUGCAAUACGAUACUUCCAUUCAUUUACACCAGAAGUUCCAGAACAAUUAUGUCGACAACAUCCAUCCCAAGUUAUGUGUUCAGUUUUACCUAGUGUAACAGAUCAAUCUAUUCCUAAGAGAUUGAUAACAUGUGUUUUAGCAGCGCUGCGGGCUAAUGGAUCUUUCGGAGUUCAUACAAUAAUAUCAGCAAUGGACAAAGAGGCACAUGAAUUUUAUGGAAAGUUAGGAUUCGUAGAUUUUAAUCAAGGUCAAGAAAAUUUAGAAAUUCCGGGAUGUAUUGUGAUGUGUAGAAGCUUCUAACAAAAGGUGAAUUCAUCCGUGGUAUUUAUAAAUAGAAUUUAUUUGCUUGGAGCACUGCCGAAAAAAGAAAUUUAUUCAUCCAACAACUGACAUUAUUAAAAAA